AUGAGCAGAUGGGCAGCUAUUGGGAGUAAGGCUGCUGGGGCUGGCUGUGGGGGUCGGACCACAUGCGCUCUGCUCCCCUCACUGCCCUGGGCCCUGGUGCUCACUCUGCUGCUUAUGUCCUGCUUCUGUCUGCCUGGAGCAGCAUGUAAGAGUGUACACAGAGACACACAGAGACACGUGUCCCCCACCACUGGACUGAACAUUUCAAAUACAGAGGCUGCUGCAUGGACCAGGGCAAGCGGGAGCCAUACCAGCCGCGCUGGGGGGCCACAAGGCCGACAUGUGCGCAGCUACAACCAUCUCCUAGGAGACAUACGGAGGAGGAAGCUCUUCUCUUUCCAGAAGUUUUUCCUAAGGAUUGAUAAAAAUGGAAAUGUCAAUGGAACAAAAAGCAAGGAUGAUCCCUUUAGUAUUCUGGAAAUCACAUCUGUGGACGUGGGGGUGGUGGCCAUCAGAGGCCUGCACAGCAAUUACUAUCUGGCCCUCAACAGGAAGGGGGAACUGUAUGGAGCGAGGGAGUUUAAUGUUGAUUGCACCCUUAAGGAGCGCAUUGAGGAGAACGGCUACAACACUUACGCUUCUGCAGAGUGGAGGAACAAGAAGAGGCAGAUGUUUGUGGGCCUAAAUGUCCACGGGAAGCCACUGCGAGGGAAGAAGAGUCGCCGAAAGAACACAGCCACACAUUUUCUCCCAAUACUGGUGUGA